AUGAUCAAUCUGGGAUAUAUCGCCGCACUGCCGUUGGGGUACCUUUUCGUCUGGCUUCCCGUCCAGGAGAUGCUCUUUGGACCUGCCCAAAAGUCCUCAGACCUUCCUGUCACCAUUUUCAACAGCUCUUUUAUUGCUCUUGACGAGCACGUGAGUUGUCCUCCUCAUACCUACAACACUUUCAUUCUCUCCCAUGAACCGUUGGUGAUAUAUAUUGAGAACUUCUUGAGCCCUCAAGAGUCGAAACAUCUCAUUGAUAUCAGUGAAGAUAAAUUUGCGCCUUCGACCGUCUCAACGGGCUCAGACACAAGCAUUCGAAAAGACGUUCGACUUUCAGAAGUUGCGCUUGUCGAUCGAGAUGAUACCGUCCAGUGUAUUGAGCAAAGGGCACGCGCAUUUCAGGGGUGGCGACCGGACCUUCAAAUUGAGCGGUUGAGGACCCAAAGAUAUGGGGUGGGUGGACAUUACUCGAACCAUUACGAUUGGAGUGGUGCUAGUCGAAAUGCUGAUCGAGUAAGUACAUUUAUGGUAUACGUCGACGCGGAGUGUGAAGGUGGUGGGACCAAAUUUCCAAGGCUUCGAAUGCCUAGUGUGAGUAAAGGUCGUUGGUGCGAGUUUCUUGAAUGCAAAGACGACGAUGCUUCAACGGAGCGAAUUGGAGAUCAAGAUGACUUGGGUAUAGUAUUCAAGCCGAUCAAGGGGAAUGCCAUCUUUUGGGAAAAUUUAAGACCAGACGGAAGAGGAUAUGAAGAGACAUUUCAUGCUGGACUGCCGGUUCUGUCAGGGACCAAAGUUGGAUUAAAUAUAUGGAGCUGGGGACCAGCAAGAAGAAGAUAG